GUAAGUGACGUUUGUUACAUGAGACUGGCGCAGUUUAUUUUUUCACAACACAGCUGACAGGUUGGGGUUGUUGGAGAGGAAGCUCUCUAUUAGCCCUUCAAAAUACAGAAAUUAAAUCUUCGAAAUAAGAUAGAGGAUGUCUGUGGCUGCACUCCGUCUGAUACGCUGCAGGAGGCUGAGCAGCACCUCUGGCCCUGGUGUGAAGAAGGUGCUGCCGUGGAGGGACAUCAGGAAAAUUGCAAAGAUGACCGGAGCUGUCAUAUUGGGGGGUUGCAUGUUUAUCACAUACGAGGUGGUUUCCUUGAACAAGGCGGUACGCAUCGACACGCAGGCCAUUCAGCAGGAAAAGCUCAAGUCCUACAUCUACCUGUCAGCCACGCCCUCUAAAGAGCAGGAGAACCUUGGCACAGGGCUCACAUAUAAGGCCAGGAGAGAACUUCAUAAAGCAGCAAGGAGGUUUCUGGAAGUUUCCUCAAGGAUUCUUCUGAGGCCUCUGGAUGAGCACCUGAGUCAUAUGGAUGCGGACCCCCAUGAGGUGGCGCUGUGGGUCCUGUUGAAGAGGGCUUGUUCAGCCAAUAGGACCAGCAGACUGUCAGCUGUACAGGAGCUGGCCCAGAACCACCACUGGCAUGACUACCAGUACCAGACAGCUGCGCAGGCUAUAGACCAGAGGACGGCGUUGGGUCUGGCCCGCACCUCUCAAGUGGACCAACGCUUCUUCCUGUCCCCGCCUGUCCUGCCUUGGGUGGAAGAUAGGUUGUCUGUAGAAGACGGUCUGAGGCUGCUGCUGGCAUCUCUCCCCCAGUCUGAGGUGGACCAGUGUGUCCAGUACUUCACCUCACUGGCCCUGAGGGAGAGUACCCAGUCCCUGGCUGCACAGAGGGGGGGUCUGUGGUGUUUUGGUGGGAAUGGACUGCCCUAUGCCCAAAGCCUCACUUCUGUCCCCUCUGAGAAGGUUGAGUCCUUCUGUCUACAGGCUCUAGUGCAGCACUCCAAGGUCCAGAGUCACUGCGACCACAUCGUGGCCAACGGGGGCCUGCAGCUCCUUCAGAGGGUCUACCAGCUCCGCAGAGACUCCCCGAAGAUCCAGAGAAACAUUGUACGCAUCAUCGGCAACCUGGCUCUCAACGACAGCGUGCACCAAGCCAUAGUACAGUCAGGUUGGGUGCCAGUGCUAGCAGAGAUGAUGCAGUCUCCACACAUCAUACAGGCGUCCCAUGCUGCUCGGGCUCUGGCCAACCUGGACAGGGAGACGGUCAAGGAGAAGUACCAGGAUGGAGUCUACGUGUUACAUCCCCAGUGCCGAACCAGCCAGCCAAUCAAAGCGGAUGUUCUCUUUGUUCACGGGCUCCUGGGGGCGGCCUUUAAGACGUGGCGGCAGAAGGACUGUGACCCUACAGAGGAGGAGAAGGCAGAGGGUGUCAGCGAGGACUACACAGAGUGCUGGCCCAAGUCAUGGUUGGCUGCAGACUGCCCCAACCUGAGGGUUCUAUCUGUGGAGUAUGACACUCACCUAAGUGACUGGAGAGCCAAGUGUCCUGUUGAAAACCAGAGGAUGUCUCUGGCCUAUAGGAGUCGAGAGCUGCUGAAGAAGCUAAAGUCUGCAGGAGUAGGAGACAGGCCUGUGGUCUGGGUUUCACAUAGCAUGGGAGGUUUGCUGGUGAAGAAGAUGCUGCUAGAUGCGUCGAGGGACCCAGACAUGAAAGAACUUAUGAAGAACACCAAGGGUGUCAUGUUCUACAGUGUGCCCCACCAUGGCACCUUCAUGGCAGAGUACUCUGUCAACGUCAGAUACCUCCUCUUCCCCUCCGUAGAGGUCCGGGAGCUCUGCAGAGACUCUCCAGCGCUGCGUGACCUGAAUAUCAACUUCCUGAACAUGGCCAAGGACAGGGAGUUCAAUGUGCUGAGCUUUGCAGAGACGAUGCCCACCACCAUCGGCCCCAUGAUCAAGAUACUGGUGGUGCCAACGCAGUCAGCAGAUCUGGGCAUUGGGGACCUGGUCCAGGUGGAUGUGGAUCACCUCAAUAUCUGCAAGCCUGAGAAGAAAGACUCGUUCCUCUACAAGCGCAGCCUACAGUUCAUCCAGGAUGCACUGAAGGGCUACACCAGCCACUGACAUGUCAACAGCCGUUUUGAUGCUUGAAUUGGAAGACUAAGGAGUACUGGCGCACAGAACUGUCUCUCCUUGUUGCACAUUUAAAGAAAUGUGUUUACAAAAAAAUAUACAUUUUAUGUAUGAAGGAUUUAUGAAAACAUAUUAAUUGGGUUUAUUAUAGAAAAUGGUGCUCCACUUGUUCUCCAGCUAGAUAUCACCUAGCACUUAUGAAACAGAUGAGUUUUAUUUAAAAGAUUUAAAAAAUGAUCUCGACCAUGUUUACAGGUAGUUUAAAGCUGUAAAAAAGACAGUAUAUUGACUUUUCUAGUUCUUCUUCCCCUUUGUCCUUGAUCCUGGUCAAGUAGAUAUUUUAACAUUUCAUGUGUACUGCACUUACUGUACUUUAACCAAAAGACACUGUACUACCUUGCAACUCAUUCAUUGAUUACACAGUAUGAAUUCGGGGCUUGAGUGGUGUGCUUAAGGUCGACUUAUUUUAUUUAAUUUUAUUUAACUUAAGAGCUGUAAGUAUAUAUAUAUUAAAACUUAAAGCAUUGCCUUGUUA